UGCCUGUUGAACACAUAUUGGAGUUUGAAACUACGGGGAGCGAAGCCCCUAUAUAUACACAGUUGGUAUACAGGCUACGCAUGUGCAGCGUACUACUAGGAACGCAGUUCUAACAGAUAUGAGCGAUGUUGCUGAGAUGGCUGCACAGGAAUCGGAGAGUUGAUCAUGGCGCACAGAAAAGCUUGCGCCGAAGGUAAUGAUUCUUCGUGGCCUAGAGAUCGACUGUCAGAAGAUGUUCCAGUCGCCAGACAGCGUGAUAAUGCGGGACAGACUCGAUAGAUUUUGCAGUGAAAUUGAUUCUGGGUCGGAUCGGAUCAAGAGACUUCUUGGGGGGGGGCAAGCGUCGCACGAUGAGCGCAGCAGGUGCGAGAAUGUUGGGAAGGAGGAAAGGUGCAUAGAGAUGGUCAGGGGCAGCCCAACUCCCUUCUUCUACGGCGCCAAUAGAAUCUCAUCUAUAACAGGGAUUUCAUUAUUCUUGAAUAAUACACAUAUACAACACUAAAAAAGGUCCUUGAAUGCCGUGUAAUCCCUUGUAUUCCUCCUUGCCCCAGCACUCUAAGUUGUUGCUUAGAACAACGCUGUACAGUC